CCCCGCGGAGGCGGGACACUUCCGGCGCCAAGAGAUUCAAACUGGUGGCGGGCCGGUCCGGAGCGGUGGGGUCCGCUCGCGUCCUGCGUCCUGCCGAGCAGUCCUUAUCCAUGGAUCUGAUCCGAAGCUUCCACGCGAAGCUACGGUCUCUGGCCAUCACCCUCGACAGCGAGACGGCCCGGCUGCAGCGAGCGCUGGACGGAGAGGAGAGCGACAUUGAAGAUUAUCCAGUGAGAAUUUUAUAUGACCUUCUUUCUGAAGUCCAGACUCUAAAGGAUGAUGUCAUUCUUCUUCUUGAUAAAGCAAGUUUGGAAAGUCAAGAAAGCAUUGGUUUCAUAAAGGCAACAAAAGUACUAAUGAAAAAAAAUUCAAUGGAUAUCAUGAAAAUAACGGAGUUUUUCCAGAAGUAUGGAUAUAAUCCACGUGCCAAGAAAAGCUCAGCGGAUGAACAAGAAAUCACUGACUCUGACUCAGAGUCCACUAAGCAUGAAAAUGUCCAAAUGCCUGAUGUGAAGGACAGUCUGUCCAAUCCUGCUAUUCCAAGCACUGCUAGUUCUGAGAAGUCUCCACGGAGUCCCCAACUUUCAGAUUUUGGGCUCGAGCGGUACAUGAUAUCCCAAGUUCCACCAAACCCUCCACAGGCAGUAAACGACCAUGAAGAAGAGCCCAGAAUUUUAACUCCAUCUUCCAAGCAGUCCGUAGUUAAAGUACUAAAAACUCCAAAAUGUGCCCUAAAGAUGGAUGAUUUUGAGUGUGUAACUCCUAAAUUAGAACACUUCGGUAUCUCUGACUGUACUGCGUGUUUGAAUGAAGAUUACACGAUGGGACUUAAAAAUAUGAAGGAGAGUAAAAGUGAGGAGGCCAUAGAAUCAGAACCGGUGACCAGUAAUCAUUUCUUUGCUACUCCUGGCCUCAUAAUCCAGCAGUUGAAAAAAAAUGAUGGCGACUAUACAGAUUCCCCCUUGGCACCCACGUUCUGCACUCCUGGUUUGAAAAUUCCUUCUACAAAGAACAGUAUAGCUUUGGGAUCCACAAAUUAUCCAUUAUCGGAAACAAAUAGUUCAUCAAACGAUUUGGAAAUGAAAGACUGUACAUCGUUAGUUUUAAAUUCGGAGAAGUGUUUUGAGAGUUUUGCGGAUCCCUCUUCUCCCGUAAUUUCUUCUUACGAGAAUCUGCUGAGAACACCUACACCUCCAGAAGUCACUACCAUUCCAGAAGAUAUUCUUCAGAUUUUAUCAAAAUACAACUCGAACCUAGCUACUCCAGUGGCAGUGAGAGCCGUGCCACCCGGCAAAGCGUUCCUCGCCAAAUACGGAGCACCGAGCGUCCGAGGUGCUGGCAACAAAGAAAACUGGUGAAGAAAACUUUGCAAGUUUUGUAGACACAGAACAGAAGGCGGUGGAAGCGGAGCGGGAUGGACUUGUCGCGUAGCCCCACAUCUUCCCCCUUUUUCCAAACCAGCCCAGAGUAAAGAUGAACACGGACACAGA